UUUAAAUCUGCAUAUAAAUACUCAGUGUAGAGAAAAGGUUAUGAUAUAUGAAUGCAGUGAGAACUGAUCAGUGCAAAAUGUUUCUAAUGAAAAAGAUAUCCAUAUUUUUAUCACUUGUUUGGUUAUUUGUCAAUGAAACUACUCAAGAACCGGGAAUAUGUUUUUAUGGAGAAGAAGCAUGGACACAGGCGAAGGAUUAUUUCACACAGCCGUCAACUUGUCAUGAUGGAAGACCUAUUGACUGUAAUGAUAUUUCUGACAAAUGUCCAAGUGGAGUAUAUAAGGUGUUUCCAAAACAAACGCAAGGAGUUGAUGUUUAUUGUGAAAUGAAUUUAGACGAGGGACACUGGACGGUUUUUCAAAAAAGAGAAAAUGGCUUUAUCGAUUUCUACCUCGGAUGGAAUGACUACAAAUCAGGAUUCGGGAGCCCUAAGCAUGAGUUCUGGCUUGGCAACGAGAACUUGCACUCUCUUACAUCACAAGGAAACUAUGAAAUGAGGAUCGAUUUAAUAGAUUUCGAUGGAAAUACUGCAUUUGCAAAAUAUAAAGUGUUUGCAAUUGGAGAUGAAAGUUCAAAAUUCAAACUAACCGCAAAUGGAUAUUAUGGUACUGCAGGUAACGGCUUGGAAUAUCACAACGGCAACCGCUUUUCAACAAAGGAUAGCGAUAACGAUAACGACCAUACGCAUUGUGCUAUAGUGUAUCACGGGGCCUGGUGGUUUGAUGCCUGUGUAAAAGCUGAUUUGAAUGGCCAGUAUUUCCUUAAGACACCUGUCGCGCCCCAUCGAGGCGUUUAUUGGCGUGCUUGGAAAGGAACCAACUACACUUUGAAAGGUUCAUCGAUGAUGAUGCGUAGAUUUUCAAUUUAGAAUACACAAAAAAAUAACAUUUCAAAAAUAUAUCAGUAUUAGCAUGAUUAGUAGUAUUUUGUAUUUUUCUCCUCUUAGUAUCAUACCGCGGCUGUCAGUUAAGAGGAAUAAGUCUGGAACUUAGUUUCGUUAAAAAUUGGGGUGGCAGGAAUCGUUUUCCUGCUACAAAACAAAAUAGGUAAAUACAUAACACAUUCCUUUACAAAAGUUAUAAUAUCAGAAUUAUCUUCCCUUAUAUGACAAACGCUAAAAAAUUGCAACAAGCAAAAAUAAAUUUGUUUUUGGAGAAAAACAAUUUGACAAACAUUCUGCAUUAAACAAACAAGAAUAAGACAAUUUUUGAAAUAUAUAAAUAAUAAUAAUUUUAAUAUAUUGAUGAGGAUUUUUUUUAAAGUCAUUAUUGAGACUUGUAUGUUUUUAAGUGAAACAUUCGAAAUAUUUAUAGACAUUUAACAGUUUUAUAGUGCCUCAUAAAUAGUUUUUAUGGCUGGAUAUAAUUGAUUGUUUGAUGUGUAUAUAUUUAUAUAAUGUUGCUUAUUUUUAGGUCAAUCAAUAUGUGACACUUUAAUAAACUAUAUAUUUACUUGCUUACUAUUAAAAUGAAAAGUCUUACAAAUUAA